CGGGGGGGGCGCUCUGCUCUGCUCAGUGCAGGACGCAGGAGACAGUCGCUCUCCAAGGUGCUGAAAGUCGGAGCGCUCCCUCCUCAGUCUUGCCUGCCGACGAUGAAUGCGACCUCUGCCGAAAACCGAAAAUCAAACAAUGACUGGCUUCAAUCCUGUUUGGUUUAAUUGUUCGUACUUCUACCCUUCUGGAUUUUUAUUGGCCAUGCAACCGCUGGAUUUAUACACACACGCAACAAGACUGACUGCAGCUUUCUAACAUUCACCUGCGUCGUGGGGAAAUAUUGAAUUGACUCCGGAUUCUAAGGGAACGCUAUAGAGGAUUUUCUAGCUUUUUUUCUCGGUCUCUGUCUCUCUCACAUGCCUCUGGACGUGAACUGUUUGUCUCAAAAAGGUGAGUCUGGGGAGGAAAACCAUGAAGCAGACCUACUUUUACGUGGAUAUCGCUUUCUUUCCACUGGAAAAGGGGAAUCAUAUCUCCAAAAGGCUGGUGUUUAAUUGCUUUUAAACCCAUCAUCACGACCGGGAGGGAGGAUUAUAGUAUCUGGAGUCUGGUGAAUUUACCCUGUGGAUAAAGUGAAGUUUUCAAUAGGCUAGGCGACUAUCUUUAUUCUGCUAUAGCCCUCUGUGUGUUGGCUUCACACUAAGUGGAUAUCAAGCUAUUUCAACGCGCCUCAAGUGAUGAUCAUGGUGAUGAGAAUAUUUCGCAGGACGGAUCUGGAGAGGAUACCGGGAGGCUAGGGAUGACGUCCACACAAUCUUGUUGAAUGUGGAUAUCGAUGCCGCGGCGAAGGAUGGGCCCUCUGCUCUCGGCCGCCUUUCUCCUCCUGCUUGCCCUGAGCGCCGUGUCCCCGGCCUCGAUGGGUAACCCCGAGGAUUACACCGCAGAUGAGACGGAGCGGACCGCCAGUGAAACCAUCGUCUUCGAUGACUACCGGGGUAAAGGAUGUGUGGAUGACAGUGGCUUCGUCUACAAACUCGCGGAGCGCUUCUACCCGGGACAUUCGAACUGUCCGUGUGUGUGCACGGAGGACGGGCCUGUGUGCGACCAACCCGAGUGCCCUAAACUGCACCCCAAGUGUACCAAAGUGGAGCACAAUGGAUGCUGCCCCGAGUGCAAGGAGGUUAAAAACUUUUGUGAGUACCGGGGGAAAACGUAUAAAAUACUGGAAGAAUUCAAGCCGUCAGCCUGUGAAUGGUGCCGCUGCGAACCAAAUAAUGAGGUGCACUGUGUGGUGUCCGACUGCGCCGUUCCAGAGUGUGUCAACCCUGUGUACGAGCCGGAGCAAUGCUGCCCCAUCUGUAAAAACGGUCCAAAUUGCUUUGCUGGAACAACGAUCAUCCCAGCCGGAAUUGAAGUAAAGGUGGACGACUGCACCAUCUGCCGCUGCCACAACGGAGACUGGUGGAAGCCGGCACAAUGCUUGAGGCGGGAGUGCCUCAACGGCCAGACGUUGUCAUAGAGAGACUCCACCGGGGAUGGUGGAAAAGCUCAGGCAAGGCCCUGCCUACUGCACCAUUUUGUAUGAUUGACAGGGCAGGAGCACAAUUCCUAAGCAACCUGAGACAGCGUAGCAUCGAAGAGAUGCGCUCACAAGCUUCACACAAACACAAGUUUAACACUGAGACGUCGGAACUUGUCUCAAGGCUGUUUCCACCCUCCAGUUUUAAUCGUCCUAUAUAUUUUCAGAAGUUGACUUGCUGCUCUCACACAAAAGGUUUCUCAGCUCCUUGAACUCUUUCCUAACCAUUGGCACAGGCACCAUUGCUCGUGUUGAUUUCUGUAUGUAUCCCAUCUGCUUGUUGUACUUGUCUGUCACAAUCACGCAGGUGUUGUUAUAUUCCAACAGCAGGCAAAACAAACCGUAAGCACACUUAACGGCAAUUUUUUGUUUGUUUGUUUGUGUCAUACGAGGAUCGACGCCGGUGAAAGCACUGCAAAGGUGCGCUUUACUUUCACAACUUCCCUCUAAGAGCUUGUUUACAAGAUGCACAUCACACAUAAAUGUUUGUGUCUUCAUAAGACUUUAAGACUUUUUAUCGCUAUGGCAGGAACUCACCUCUACACUUAGAUGAUGCUACUGUCAAUUUUAUAAACUGCUGUAAACUGAUUCAUUGCAUACCAUGGUCUUGAGUAAUGUGUCUGUAUAGUAGCAGCACAGGCAGGGAGAGUUGGCCCUGUAGAAUUAGGAAAGGCAAGAAAGUUGUUAGAUAGCAACUAUGAGAAGAUGUAGAAUUCUGCAACUCUGCAUCACAACAAGUCUGGGCAGCCUCUUCCGGCUUAUUUGUCGUUAUUGUUUUCUCUCAGAGGUCCAUAUCCUCCGAAAUAGUCGAGCUAACUAACUGCUUGAACUUGUUAUCAAAGCAAUUAGCGAACCAAGAGCAGCCUGCUUUAAUUUCCCUUAAUCAAGGAGUAUUCUGUGAUAAAUCAUCCAGCUGGGUGCUUGGAGCUGCAUGCUGGGCACACUCCACGAGAACCAGCAGACAAAAGGAGGAAAUCUGCACAUGUCUAAAUGCUAAGCAGCAUUCACUUGCACAUUGUCCAUGUGAGCGUACACGAGCACGGCAUUCAUUGACAAUCUCACAGCCACAGUAUGUUGAUCUGCACCCAGUAAAGAACUUUAACCCGUAAUGCUUGUCAAGAUACACAUCUCUUACAUUAUCACACUGCUAUAGAUUAGUUAAGAUCAUUUCAGCUCCGCCCCUUCCAAUAUGUUAGAAUAGCUUUUACAAUGUGGUGUGGCUAUAACAUAAGACACAAGCUAAUGUAUUGCCUUGAUAUUUUCCCAUACUAUCGAUUGGUCAUCAGGUGGUCCAGUCUGAAAGAAAAAGCACCCAACCACGGCCCAAAACAUGAUAUUUUUUUAAAUGAUAAAUACUAGUCAUUAAUUCAAAAGGUGAAUUCCAGUAAGCUCAUGCCAUUCAUCACUAGAAUUUUUUUUCCAUUUCCAGAAAAUCCGUUCCCGUUAACCUUUUAGACCCUAUUCCUAGGUGGUGAUGGAUGGGCUGCUUAAUAGCGGCUCCCAGCACUCUGUAAUGAGCCACAAAUGAACAUAGGACAAAAACCAAUGACUAAAGCGGUAUAUUACCUAAAAGGCACUAAAACACAUUUUUGAAAGAAUCUCAUAGUCUGCUGCAUAUUCUUAAACUGCAGCACACAGUUGUUGGAGGAAUCACAGAAAUUAAAUAUUUAAAAAAUAAAUAAAGUGUGGGUGGAGUUCAAUCCUAGGUGCAACAAUGAGGUCUGGGGCAUUCUUAUCAUUAAGCUACAGUGAUUUAGUGUCUCUUAAUGGGGAAAGACACUCCUCAUCCAUCAGGCUCGAGGUCUGCAGACUCAUAAAACAAAACUGACAUCUACAGUUUAUCAAUCACAGACUCAGUGCUCCAGACAUUUUAGGAUUAAUAAAAGAGCUUCAUUCAUCUUAAUUACUAUAGAUGCCAAAUAAUUAUUCAGCCUCUACAUGUAUCCAAAAAUACAUUGGAAUUACUUUACUGGGUAGCAAAGAGUAAAGUGAGUGUUCCAGGGCUCAGAGGCAUUGCUGCCACCACGGAUGCCUUAUUACUAUUCCAGAUAAGAUUUACAAAGCAUGGCCUUUGGCUUCAUACAGUACGAACAGCUCAGACUGCUUUAAGUGCUACUUUGUUUGCACUCCUCGGUUUAACGUUACGUAUCACCCAAAACUAGUUCUUGUUUAAACAUUUGACAUUCCUAUAACAGCCAGCAGGGUGAAUUAGUAGGAGGAGUAUUGAGUACAAGGGCAAGGACAUUCAAUCAAGAACAGCUGAAGAUGCAGAAUACAAUUAACAGACUGAUCAAGACAUUGAUUGAAGUAUAUGUAGAAGGAGCAAACAUGGCAGAUAUAAGUAUCCAGGCAACUUGAUACAAAUGACAAUGUUACAUGAGACAUGUUCAUAUUCAAUGUCCUUCCAUUAUUUUGAGGUGCAUUGCAUUUGUUAAACUAAACUGGGGUGCCAUGGUUGCGUAUCGAAUUACUUUGCAAGAUAUUAACUAGGUAAUGAAGGUAGAAUUGUAGAGCGUGAGGCUCCAGACCAAGAUCAUGCUCAAUCUGUCCCUCCAUACAUGAGAGCUGAGUUGUGAUUCAGGCUGCUAGCGGGAAGCAAAACAAAAAAAGUAGAAAGACAAAUAGGAAAAUCAUAUAUUCAAAACACAUACAGUACAUUCAAAGUAAACCGUGGAAGAUGAAGCAGACUGCUGGUGCGUACGUCACUCUACACUGUAAAGUCCUGAAACAGUUUUCAUGAAAAUUACUUUUAUAGUUCUCAUUUACAACUAAAGCGGAUGAUUCAGGAUCCACAUGGAUUAACAUACAGCAGAUUCCUACGCGUGUCGUUUGAAAGAAAAGGCUGCAUUCAAAAACACACACAAAGAAGAAAAAAAAGGCAUUUUAGAGAGAGGCUUUGGGCAGACCAGGGGAUAUUGCAUUUCUCCUUGCAAAUGUGUGACGCUGCACAGUUUCAAGGACAGGCCAGCAGCACAGUCUGUCUUUGUUUAUGUUCUGCCAAGAAACUUGAGUCUGUCUGUCUGUAAAUGUCUAUUUAAAUGAUUAUUCAAACUGCAGGCUUUUACGUGGCCAUUUUGUAAAGGUAUACCAUCUGCCGCUCUUUCCACGAGACACCGACUUACUGUAGCUGGAAACUAUGAAAGAUUUCUUUUUUUGUCACUUAUGUUUAUUUUUAACAACAAAACUGUUACAUAAAGUGUGCCUGAAAACCAGCACAGUAUCUGGUAUAAGAAGAGAGAAACACUGUUAUUAUACAAUCAAUUGUAUUAGUUGUUGGGGCACCGAGGGUUUGUUCAUGAGGGACUCAAAAGGUGGGAUAGUUUAAUUUCUCUAACAAAUUUGAAAUUUAUGUUUAAAAUGAAGAGCAUCUUUGAUUGUAUAUGACCACAUGCUCAUACAGGUUCACCUUACACUGUACAAGGAAUACAAGUUUUUAAAAGUUAUACAACCCUUGGUGUUCCCCAUGUUGUUCAUAUGUAAAUAUCUUCAAAUGUAUAACGUGUAUUCUGAAAUCUGAGGUGGAGUAAAAAAAAACAAAAAAAAAAACGUGUAUUAUUCAUUGAGGCAAAUACUAUUUUGUUAAAUAGACUUAAAAAUAAGUGUUAUAC